AUGUCUUCUCAAAUGCACAACUCACAGCUUCCACGACGCACCUCUCGGUGUUCUGGCACGCAGUCAACAUGCCGUUCAUCCCGUAUCGAGAAGCCCAGGAGUCACCACAACAGCCCGAGAAUGAUGGAAAGGAGAAAAACAACCACCGAACCCAAGAUCUACGCAACAUUGGACGACCACUACAAAAUGAUGUUCGGAAUCACGGGAUCCGAGGAGGUCAUCGAGACUCGUCCACAACCCAGUAGACCAGUCAGCUGGCACCCAUCUUCUGCACAGUUCUACGCCUCUCAAUCCUCGCCAUAUGCAGAGUCGACAUAUCAACAAGAUUGGUCACGACAACACCCUGUGUCUUCACGAGCCUCUGCUCAUGGAUCCGACUAUUACUCGAUCUCAACUCGCGAUUCCAUAUACGAACCAAGGCCGAGUUACUUUACCAGCCCCGUAGUGCACGGUGUUCACCGUGGUUCAGAUGAGUCUGAUAGCAGCUGGCAAAACGUUCUCCAGCAAACACCCAACUACGCCCACUCUGCCUUGUCCACUCCGACCACUGAACCACUGCCGUGGUACUUACAACAAUGGGCUCAGAAGAACCAAGACCAGAUCAAUGCAAUGUCACAAAAUGGCUCCAACGACUUCCCCCAUUUUCACCAAUCCAUUAAACAGGAUGAAGAGAUGGAAGAAGAUGAUGGGAAAGAGCUUGUCGGCUUAGGUCUUUACGACCGACCAGAGGCAUCUCCAUCUUGGGACGGGCUCAUGGAGGCAACAGGCAAAGGCCUGAAGCUGGAAGAGACCUGGCAACCACCGGAGGACGAUGAUGAGGAUGAAGAUGACGAUGACGCGAGCUCAGACGCCAGCAUUGAGGAGCCGUCACCGCCAUUUGCAUCGAUGAAUCAACAGUCCCAGCAAUUACAGAUGCCGGUUCACGUUAAAGCUCAGACCCCAGGAAACAUGGACGGUCGGAGCUUUUUCUUUGAUGAGGAUGAGACGGCGUCCAAGGAGUGGUGGUACCAGCAGGCGAAGCAACCCUCGAUGCCCGUGCAGGACGUUGGGCUAGGGUAUGGCUGGCUUUGA